AAUAAUUCUCAAAAACCAUAACAACAAUUCCCUAAAGCUAACGACCUUACCUCCAAAAUAUCAAAAUUUUUACAAAUUUCAAACACACACAGAGCAACCGCUGCUUCCAGUGGCUCCCGCCAUGACUACACAGGUGUUGGAGAUGCAGCAGACCUCUUCAUCGCUGCCAGAACACGUUUUGGACGACACCAAGACCUUGAUCUCUGCUCUCAGUUUCAUCUCGCGGAAUUUACCGCUUCCUAGCGAUGUUUUUGAUGCCGUUUCGGAGAUUUACGCCGGUGGCGGUGGUGACGGUGGCGGUGGUGGUAGCGACGGUGGCGGUGAUGGUGGAUCUGACGGUUGCGAACGAGGUGUUGGUGGUGAUUCGUCGACGGAUAACUCACAGUUUCCAAAUGGAGGAGAGUUAAUGGCAGAUCUCGAGGGUGCUCUGGUUAAGCAGCGAUCUAAUCGCAUAACUGGUUCUGAAAUGGCAGAAUUAAGGAAAAACCGGAUCGAGAGCCACAUCCAGAGUCGUUUAACCCAACUUGAAGAAUUGCCUACAAACAGAGGCGAGGACCUACAGUCAAAGUGUUUGCUUGAACUCUAUGGACUUAAGCUAGCGGAGUUGCAAAGAAAGGUGAGGUCAAAGGUGAGGUCAGAGUACAUGUUGUCUUUAAAUUGUGUGCAUCCCGAGAAGCAACUCUUCGAUUGGGGCAUGAUGAGGCUGUCUCGUCCUUCAUAUGGUGUGGGAGAUGCUUUUGGUGUUGACUCAGACAAUCAUCUGAAGAAGAAACGAGAUGCUGAGCGACUAACAAAGUUAGAGGAGGAAGAAAAGAACAGAGUAGAAACAAAAAAGAGGAAAUUCUUUGCAGAAAUACUUAAUGCAAUAAGGGAACUCCAGUUGCAAGUGCAGGCCUCUCAGAAACGUCGAAAGCAAAGGAAUGAUGGUGUUCAGGCAUGGCAUGGAAGGCAAAGGCAGCGUGCUACUAGACAAGAGAAAUUGAGGUUUCAAGCUUUAAAAUCCGAUGAUCAAGAAGCAUACAUGAAAAUGGUUGAGGAAAGCAAGAAUGAGCGGUUAACAAUGCUUUUAGGGAAAACAAAUGAUCUUCUUGUUCGUUUAGGAGCUGCUGUAAGACGUCAAAAGGAUGCUGAGCAUGAUGGUAUUGAACCCUUGAGUGGCCCACAACCCAACUUGCCAACUCCUGAUGUUGUUGUUGAUGUGGAUGAUGAUGGUUUAGUUGAUGAUACCAAAAACGUAAAUGGAGAAAAGAAAUCUGACUUACUUGAAGGCCAAAGGCAAUAUAAUUCAAUGAUUCAUUCAAUUCAGGAGAAGGUAACAGAGCAACCGUCAAUACUUCAAGGUGGAGAACUAAGACAAUACCAAUUGGAAGGGCUUCAAUGGAUGUUGUCUUUAUUUAACAACAAUCUCAAUGGAAUAUUAGCUGAUGAAAUGGGAUUGGGCAAGACAAUUCAAACCAUCUCCUUGAUAGCAUAUCUCAUGGAAAAUAAGGGCGUCACUGGGCCCCACUUAAUCGUGGCCCCAAAAGCCGUACUACCAAACUGGAUUAAUGAAUUUUCAACGUGGGCUCCUAGUAUCGCUGCUUUUCUAUACGAUGGGCGUCUUGAUGAGAGAAAAGCAAUGAGAGAAGAGUUAUCAGAGGGAAAAUUUAGUGUCCUGAUCACUCACUAUGAUCUUAUAAUGAGAGACAAAGCAUUUCUGAAGAAAAUACCUUGGUACUACAUGGUUGUUGAUGAAGGCCAUCGGUUAAAGAAUUCUGAAUCUGUGCUUGCAAAGACUCUUGUCUCUGGCUAUCAAAUUCGAAGGAGACUUCUGUUAACAGGCACUCCAAUACAGAAUAGUUUACAAGAACUGUGGGCGCUGCUUAAUUUUCUUCUUCCGACUAUCUUUAAUUCGGUUGAAAAUUUUGAGGAAUGGUUUAAUGCACCAUUUGCAGAUAAAUGUGAUGUUUCUCUAACAGAUGAAGAGGAGUUGUUGAUCAUUCGUCGCCUACACCAGGUUAUAAGGCCAUUUAUUUUAAGAAGGAAGAAAGAUGAGGUGGAAAAGUACCUUCCACAGAAAACCCAGGUUAUACUAAAAUGUGACAUGUCAGCAUGGCAAAAAGUAUACUACCAGCAAGUCACUGAUGUUGGGAGGGUUGGACUUGAUACAGGAACGGGUAAAUCCAAAAGUUUGCAGAAUCUAUCAAUGCAACUAAGAAAAUGCUGUAACCAUCCUUACCUAUUUACGGGCGAGUACAACAUCUGGCGCAAGGAAGAAAUAGUUCGAGCAUCCGGAAAAUUCGAGCUACUUGAUCGUUUAUUACCCAAACUUCACAGAGCCGGACAUCGCGUUCUGCUUUUCUCUCAAAUGACUCGCCUCAUGGACAUUCUCGAAGUAUACCUCCAACUUCACGAGUUCAAAUAUCUCAGGCUCGAUGGUUCAACUAAAACAGAAGAAAGAGGCACUUUGUUAAAACAAUUUAAUGCUCCCGACUCUCCUUAUUUCAUGUUUCUGUUAAGCACCCGUGCAGGAGGUCUCGGUCUUAAUUUACAGACCGCUGAUACUGUGAUUAUAUUUGAUAGUGACUGGAAUCCACAGAUGGACCAGCAAGCGGAGGAUCGUGCCCAUCGUAUUGGUCAGAAGAAGGAAGUGAGAGUGUUUGUUUUGGUCAGUGUAGGGUCGGUUGAAGAGGUGAUAUUGGAACGCGCUAAACAGAAGAUGGGGAUUGAUGCUAAAGUUAUACAGGCUGGAUUGUUUAAUACAACUUCUACAGCUCAAGAUAGGAGAGAGAUGCUUAAAGAGGUGAUGCGUAGAGGUACAAGUUCACUCGGAACCGAUACACCAAGUGAGCGAGAAAUCAAUCGUCUAACAGCCCGAUCAGAAGAAGAGUUCUGGCUUUUCGAGAAGAUGGACGAUGAAAGAAGACAAAAAGAACGAUACAGAUCUCGCCUUAUGGAAGAUCACGAGGUACCCGAUUGGGCUUACACGAAACCCGACAACCCAAAAGACAUGAGGGGUAAAGGGUUCGACUAUGAAACCGCUAAUCUCUCUGGAAAAAGACGAAGAAAAGACGUUGUGUAUGCUGACACGAUUAGUGAUUGGCAGUUUAUGAAGGCAGUUGAACUUGGAGAUCAACCCGGUAAAUCAAGACGGGAUGCACCCGGAAGCUCAAGCAAUGUGGGAGAUGAUGUUUUGGAAGUGAAAAGUGCGAGUGAGGGAACGACUGAACGUGGGUCAGGGUUAUCGUUAAAAAGGCUAAGGUCCCCGAAGAGUGAGUACUUUGGUGUGGAUGAGGGAAGUAGUGUUGGUGGAGACUUACCGACAUGGAAGACACAUAAGAAGAGAUCGAUUCUUCGUUUCGUGUGAUUUUGAUUGUCGGUUUUCUUUUAUGUAAAAUGAUGCAGAAGGUUUGUUUUGAUUGUUGACAGCUUAUGGAUUGAGAUAGUGUUUACUUUUUAGAUUCAUUUCACUACAUACAUCAUCUCUUAAUAUAAAGCAAUUCCGUGUAA